GCAGUUUCCAUGCAUGAUCGUCAGCGCGUAAUCCCAACAAACCGAAUGCUUUGUUGAGAGUGAAAACUUCUCCGAUUAAACUACCAAACUUUUUCCCAAUUUCGUCUGCAUAAUCUCUCUCAAAGCCCCCUUUUCAUCCUUCGUUUUCCUCUUUGCAGAAAAAAAAAAAAAAAGAAGAAGAAGAAAAACUCAAAACUUUUACCGUUUGAAGCAAAAGAAGGAGAAGAAGGGAAAACAUUUCAGCUUUGAUUUCGACUUUUCUUAUUGAUUUGCUUCACUUUGAGCCUGAAAACAAAAAACCCAGAUUAUCUUUUAGCUAAAUUUUUUAUUUUACUCAUCCAAUUCUGGGUCUUUCUUUUUCCAAUCGAAAAUUCUCAAAAAUCCCAAAUUUUUUCCCUUCCGAGUUUAGAAAGCCAUGGACUCCUCGCCGCUUCUCGGCGAUUCACCCAGCCGCCGGAUUAUCCGGCGUACGUCGCCUCCUCUUCGCCGGGCGGCUCGGCUCCUCCGCCGAGCAAGUGGCCGCCAAAUGAUGCUGCGACAGCCGUCGGUUCAGGUGAGAGAGAACGCGGCUGAAGAGCUCGAGGAGCGGCAGAGGGACUGGGCGUACUCGAAGCCGAUAGUGGUACUGGACGUCGUGUGGAACUUGGCCUUGGUGGUCGUUGGGUUUGUGGUUCUGGGUCUGAGCAUGGAGGAAAAACCUUCGGUCCCAUUGAGGCUUUGGGUAUGUGGUUAUGCUGUGCAAUGCGUUGUUCAUAUUGGCUGCGUGGUUGCCGAGUAUUUACGGAGAUGUGAUGUGGAUACGGAGGUGGUGGAGAGUAAUGGGGAUUGGGAAUGUGGGAUGGAUUCCAAUUCCGGUUCCGAGAGUGAUGGAGAUGAUUAUGCAACUGAUUGUAAUGAGAUCGAUACUGAUUCCAGGUCGAACUUUUUUGCUAUGAGUGUUGCAAAGCAUCUGGAGUCAGCAAAUAGCAUGUUCUCCUUUAUUUGGUGGGUUGUUGGAUUCUAUUGGGUGACUGCUGAUGGCCAAAAUUUGACCAGUGAUUCACCUCAGUUAUACUGGCUUUCUAUUACAUUUCUAGCUAUUGAUGUGGUUGUUGUCUUGUUAUGCAUUAUUGCUGCUUGUGUUGUGGGUAUUGCCGUUUGCUGCUGUCUGCCAUGCAUAAUUGCAAUCUUAUAUGUGAUAACAGAUCAGGUGGGUGCAACAGAGGAAGAGAUCGAUAGAUUGCCGAAGUUCAAAUUCCAGACCACAGGUGAUAUUCAGAAAGUUAAUGGUGAUAUUCAAGAAUCUUGUGGUGGAAUAAUGACUGAAUGUGACACUGAUUCGCCCAUUGAACAUGCUCUUUCCAAGGAGCAUGCUGAAUGUUGCAUCUGCCUCUCUGCCUAUGAAAACGGAAUGGAAUUGAGAGAACUUCCUUGCCUGCACCAUUUCCAUCGUGCCUGCAUUGACAAAUGGUUACGCAUCAAUGCUAUCUGCCCACUGUGCAAGUUCAACAUAUUGAAGCCUAACAAUCAAAAUGUUAGUGAAGUAUAGAAGAAAAGGAUCCAAAGUUUUCUCAUUUCUACUUGUGUUCAUGGAAAUCAUUGGCCCUGUCUCGGUGUAUUAUAAAUUUGCAUGAUCCUUCUUGCUGUGAGAAAUCAAGCAAUUUCUCUGGAGGGAGGCUGUCCAAAAGAAAAAAAAGAAAUAGUUAGAUAGUUUAUUAUAUAUGUGCGUGAUAUAAUUCAAACAUUGUUUUUCUUUUUCGUAUUUUGAUGCUAAAAGUUGUAGUUGGUAUAGUCACUUGUCAUGUUUUUCAAACUGAUUGUCUUGCUGGAAUAGAAAAUGGCGGCUCUCAUUUCA